AUGUUAAGCAAGGUCCCACCAGAAAUUUUUAGGAGAAUAACAUGUCUCAUAUCUCAGGAGGACAAAGUUGCGCUGACAUAUGUGUCGAAAAAGGUCUACAACUUAACGCUUCCAUCUCUAUAUGAAAACCUAUUUUUGAACGAGAGGUAUUACUUUCCAAGCGAUCUAGACAAUUCUUUAGGAACACACAUAUGGUCCGUACUUUAUUUUCCCUUCAUUGAAGAGGUUGAUCCAGAAGCGAUUGUGCCAAGACAUGUCAAAUUGGCAAAUGAUAAAUUUCGUCUUUUGCUUAGGUCUUUGAAUGAAGGGAGGGAACGUUUAUGCCAUUUGAUUAAAAGAGUGCAUUGUACCUGGCAUUUGAAUGAGAGGACAAUGGCACUUUUCAUCUAUCUGUUAAAUAAAUAUGCGCCAAAUUUGAUAGUCUUCGAGAAUUUUAUAAGGAAUGAGAUAACGAUGAAGUUAUUAGACAAGGCUUCUACUUUGGAAACUUUGAAUAUUAGUCCCCCAAAUAUCCUACCGAAGGAGCCCGCAGAUGAGAAGUAUUUUACAAAAAUGAGAAAUAUCAUUCAAUUGUAUAACUUUGAUAAUAUACAAGAUCUGACCAUUCACGUCAAUGCCAGGAGUUUUUUUAGGAACAUAGGGACUCCUAUGAGAAUAAAAUCUCUUUCUUUAAAUCUAAGAACUGACACGUACGAUAGCGAAGGAUUAGAUAACUUGGCACCUUAUUCCCAAAUAUUUGAUAUCGCUUCGCUGGAAGAACUUGAGAUUUUGUCAUGGUACAAUUCAGAUGAUUCUGAUUUGGACUUGUAUGAGAUGUGGGGCUUGAAUGAGUUCUGGGAAUUCAAUAACAUAAAGAUCCUGUCACUAUUCUCUCUUUUUGCUAAUAACGAUUUCUUGCGUGGUUGCAUCAAGCAUUUCGAGUGUUUGUCAAGAUUUAAGAUAGAUUUCAUGUUUGAUACAUCAAUUGACAGGUCGGUAUUUGAUUUGAUGGCCAGAUCGCCUUGUGCUGACAAUUUAGAAUAUAUUGACGUCAAGUUCGAGGAGCUAAGUGAGCCGUUGCUGUCAAUUGAACAAGAUGAAAUCUCCAAAUUUCAUGUAAACACUAAUUGUCAAUGUGAUACUUGUACCGAAACAGUUAAUGAAAUUAUACUUCAAAAAUAUUUCCCUAACGAGGAGUCAUUUUUAAUCAAGGACUUUCAUGAUGUCGAAUCAAGAAAUUUUAUCUUACAAAUGUUUAAGCUUUACCCAAUAUUGCCCUACUCACAUUUCUUCGACCUAUACCCUUCAAUAGGCUACUAUUCGAAAACUUUAGAAAGUCAUGUAGAUUUUAUUAAUGAAUUACUAAGGAAGAGGAACGAUGUAAUAGGAACGUCAUCUACACAACUAAUGGUCAGCGACGUCAUCAGAGUGUAUCAUGCAUAUAUGCAUUCAAUGCGAAAGUCUUUUGAUUAUUUUCUUCAACGGUUCCCCAAGCUUACGUACCUAACAUUGAAUGAAUUACCGACCAAAGUAAUUCAAUUCGAUGAAGUACAAAGAUGCAACAUUCCAAUUUUUUACACUCGUGACUACAAGAGUAACCAAGUAUAUGAGUUGGUCAAUGAUGAAUCACUUUUUGAUUAG